GUAAAUGACAGACAUAUACCAGAAGCCAUUGUGGAUCUAUUGGUGCAGGAUGUGCCUGAUCCACCUGAACGACCUUUACUGAUAAGUUUCACAUCGCGUUCAGUAAAUUUAUCAUGGGCGCAUUCGCAGCAUCCCAGAAAUGCACCUGUGACGCAUUUCAUUAUCGAAACACGAGUGGGUGAGAAUGGACCUUGGGACCAAGUAUCGCAAAUAUUUACAAAAACAAAUACAACAUCAUAUCAAGUAACUGGACUUAUACCCUUCACAGUCUACAGUUUUCGUUUGCUUGCAGUAAACAAAUUAGGCAUAAGUCCGCCGUCCAAGGAGUCCUACUACAUUGUCACAUUGAGAGAAGCUCCAACGGGAAAGCCAAUACCGACAACCGCCCACAACACAUCGUCCACUUCGGUUUAUAUUUCAUGGAAACCCCCACCAGCUGACACUAUACUUGGCGAAUUUCUUGGCUACCGCAUCACGUACAGACCACGAGAUCGGGAUCCAAAUGAUACCAAAGAGAUUUACAUACGCGAUAACACCGUUGAGAGUCAUGAAAUUCACAAUUUGGAAACUUAUACACAGUACAAAGUUACUGUACAGGUUUUCAAUCCUGAGGGGUUGGGACCUGAAACAACAAUUCUAGUCAUGACUGAUGAAGGAGUGCCAAGUAAACCUCAAAAUCUUACCGUAUUGGAAGUAACUGGCAAUAGCAUAACGAUGUCUUGGCAUCCACCUAAAAAUCAAAAUGGUGCAAUUGCUGGUUAUCAUGUGUUCCACAUACAUGAUAAUCAAACGGGCGUGGAAAUUGUGAAAAAUACCAGAAAUGCUAUUGAAUCUACUAUACAUUUUGUGUUGUCGAAUUUAAAACCAUAUACCGAUUAUCGUGUCACUGUGAAGGCGUUCACUACCAAAAAUGAAGGUGAACCAUCCGAAUUUGUGCAACGUACUGAUGUGGGCGGACCAAGCGCGCCAAUUCUUGUCAAUUUAACGUGUCACUCAAUGGAUGCGCUCACCUUACGUUGGAAGCGCCCUUUUGAGUUCUAUAAUACCAUAGAUUUUUAUAUAAUUAAAGCACGCUUAAUGGGUCUGGAUACGCAUCGCGAUAUAAGAAUAAAUGCUUCAGCAAAGGAAUUGGAAACAGCGAUGAUACUGCAGAAUCUAACAACAAACUCUAUAUACGAAGUCAAAGUUGCAGCUACAACUAUCAGCGUGAUAAAUCCAAAAAAAAUGGUGCUUGGCAAAUUUUCCGAACCAAGAAAGAUUGUACUCCAACCGAACUGCGAGAAAAUACAACCUUUACUGAGGCAGUCCCACAACGACUACAAUUUGGCAGUGUUGGUUGGCAUCAUUUUCAGCUGCUUCGGCAUUGUGCUCAUAGUGAUGGCGUUCUUUUUAUGGAGCAGAAAAUGUUUCCAUGCCGCCUACUACUAUUUAGACGACCCACCACAUCAUCCCAAUGUACCACAAGUUGAUUGGGAGGUACCUGUUGAAGUUGGUGGUGAAAUGCGAUCUGCAGUUCCAGUGAAUGAAUUUGCCAAGCACGUAGCUUCAUUACAUGCCGAUGGUGACAUUGGAUUCAGUCGUGAAUAUGAGGCCAUACAAAACGAAUGUGUAACUGAUGAUCUCCCAUGUGAACACUCACAGCAUCCUGAAAAUAAACGCAAAAAUCGUUAUCUCAACAUCACUGCAUACGAUCAUAGUCGCGUACAUUUGCAUCCCAUACCCGGUCAAAAGAAAAAUCUAGAUUACAUUAAUGCCAACUUCAUUGAUGGUUAUCAGAAAUCGCGUGCUUUUAUUGGCACACAAGGUCCUCUACCUGAUACAUUCGACUGCUUCUGGCGCAUGAUUUGGGAGCAACGCGUUGCUAUAAUUGUUAUGAUCACAAAUCUAGUAGAACGUGGAAGACGCAAAUGCGAUAUGUAUUGGCCAAGAGAUGGUGUAGAAACUUAUGGUGUUAUACAGGUGAAGUUAGUAGAGGAGGAAGUUAUGUCUACUUAUACCGUACGGACAUUACAAAUUAAGCAUUUGAAGUUAAAGAAGAAGAAGCAGUCCAAUACCGAAAAAAUUGUUUAUCAAUAUCACUACACAAACUGGCCUGACCACGGUACUCCAGAUCAUCCUUUGCCUGUUUUAAAUUUCGUUAAGAAGUCGUCAGCGGCAAACCCACCAGAUGCCGGUCCAAUCGUUGUACAUUGCAGCGCUGGUGUCGGUCGCACUGGUACCUAUAUAGUGCUCGAUGCUAUGCUGAAGCAGAUACAACAGAAGGGAGUGGUCAACGUUUUCGGUUUUCUGCGCCACAUACGCAUACAACGUAAUUUCUUAGUACAGACUGAGGAACAAUAUAUUUUCUUGCAUGAUGCUCUAGUCGAAGCUAUUGCCUCGGGUGAAACCAAUCUGAGUGCCGAACAAAUUGAAGAACUAAAGAACUGUACUCCUUACUUGGAACAACAAUACAAAAAUAUAAUACAAUUCCAAACAAAGGAUAUACAUAUUGCUUCAGCAAUGAAACAAGUAAAUUCGAUCAAAAAUCGUGGCGCUAUAUUUCCAAUUGAAUUUAGUCGUGUACAUUUGACACCUAAACCGGGUGAGGAUGGUAGUGAUUAUAUUAAUGCAUCCUGGUUGCAUGGAUUCCGACGACUACGCGAUUUCAUUGUUACACAACAUCCUAUGUCGCAUACAGUGAAGGAUUUCUGGCAAAUGGUCUGGGAUCAUAAUGCACAAACUAUUGUGCUACUAUCUUCUUUGGAUGAUAUCAACUUUGCACAAUUCUGGCCAGAUGAGGCAACUCCAAUUGAAAGCGAUUAUUACCGUGUUAAAUUUUUAAAUAAAGCAAACAAAAGAGAUUACGUGAGUCGAGACUUUGUCAUACAAUCGAUACAAGACGAUUAUGAGCUUAACGUUAAAAUGCUACAUUGCCCCAGCUGGCCGGAAAUGUCAAAUCCAAAUAGCAUUUAUGAUUUCAUUGUUGAUGUACAUGAGCGGUGUAACGAUUACCGUAAUGGACCAAUUGUCGUUGUUGAUCGAUAUGGUGGUGCACAAGCAUGUACCUUCUGUGCCAUUUCAUCGCUGUCCAUCGAAAUGGAAUAUUGCAACACGGCUAACAUAUAUCAGUACGCCAAAUUGUAUCAUAACAAACGACCUGGAGUUUGGACAUCCAGCGAAGACUUGCGGCUUAUAUAUAAUAUACUCUCGCAUUUGCCGCGUAAUUUGCAACUACUCAAACGCACUGCAUUACGCACUGAAUUCGAGGAUGUAACAACAGCAACACCGGAUUUAUACAGUAAAAUCUGUAGUAAUGGUAAUGUCACACAAAAUAACUGUAUUAGUAAUCUUAGUAGUAGUAUUAGUCAGAGUAAUAAUUUUAAACGAUUUAGUAAUAAUAGUCAGAAUAAUAGUAUUAAUUUAAAUAACUCUACAAUAACACCAACAACAUUACUCACCACAACUACAUCAACUACAAAUUCAACAAUAUCCCAAUUACAAACACCAACAAUAACCACAACCACUCCCACUUUAUCCGUAACAGCCACAAAUAAUUUAAAUUCUAAUGUUAAUUUUACUAACUUAACUACUAACGCUGCCUCAACGAAUGAAUCAACGACGCCAACUUCUAAUACCACAUCAACAAUAACGACAACAACAACACAUCCCAAUGAUGACGAUGAACUCUGUGCAACAAUAAUUCCCAAUCAACAACAAAUUUUAAAUUUAAUAAAUCAACAAAAUCAACUACAACAACAAUAUGUACAACGCUAUAUGGACGAUGAUGAUAUCGAUGAUGACAAUGAUAUUGACAAUGGGAACAACGACGAUGGAACUACUGCACCACUAUCACCAACACAUGCAACAUUGUACGGUUUACAUAUUGUCGAUCAAAAUCCAAUUGAUGCGCUGCACAAAAUCCCAACAACGCCCACAACACCUACAAUGCCAUUGGGUGCCGGUGAUGGAUUAACCCCUUUGUUAACGCCAACUAAUCAUCUAACACAUACUAACAAUGGUAAUGGUCAUGGACAUGGACAUGGACAUGUACAUGGGCAUGGACAUAUUCAUGGACAUGAUAAUGGUAUUGGUAAUACAACUAACAAUCAUAAUAACCAACACACACCACUUGCAGCAGCUGUUACAGAUGCUCAAAGUCUAGAUAUUGUAGGUUAGACUAACAAAUAAAUUAUUUAGUUGUAGUUUUAUAUACAUAUGUAUUUACUUUAAGAUGUAUUAUUUAUUAUUUGUUUAUAUGAGAAAUAUUUUUAUAUGGAUUAUCUAUAUGAGAAUUGAUUACACAUGCAUGCAUGCAUAGAUGCAUAGAUGCAUGCAUGUUCCAGUUGAAAGUGAUCCUAUUUAAAAUAAAGUAGAAAAAAUAAAAAUCAUUUUUAAGCACUCUACAAAAUUGUUCAGCACUUUAAAUCUCAAUUAUUGAGAUAUUCCAUAUAAAUUUAAGUUACUUUUAAAUUAUUGUAUUUAUUUAAAUGCUGUGUAUAGUCUUUUAUAUUAUGAAAUAUAAUUAAGUUAAUUUUUUACAUAUUAUAAAAUUGUCAUUAGCCUAAUUAGUUAUUAAGCCAAA